AAAACACUUCAAUUACAUUACUGAAUAAAAAUAGAAAAAAAAGACAAAAAACAAAAGAAAUAAAGAAAAAGGUUCCAAAAUUAACAUAGGCCAAAAACCUUUCUUCGCUCUCUUUAAUGGCGAGUGAUGAUGCCAUCUGAAGCAUAAAAGUCUCGAUUGCGGUCUUGUUCUCCAACCACCUCUCUCUCUUUCGCUCUCUGAGUGUGUGAAGAAAGUUAGGGUUUUGAAAGAAUCAUUUUACUGGCGUUGUUAUCUCACUUUAAUCCUCACUUUGAGAUGUUGUAGUUUUAUCUUCACUCGUCAAUCAACAGGUUUCUGGAUUCAAACUUCUGGUGGAUAAAUUUUGAACUUUUUGAGCAUCAAUGAGUUGGUUUCCAUCAAAUGCUCCGAGGAGUGAGGAUGUGGCAGUGUAACUGAAGUAUUUCAAGAUCAACAGUGAAGAGCAAAAAUUAUUUAAGACGCUAAAUUUAUACAUACAGAAUUCGUGCCUCAGCUUUGGACAAGAAAAACAGUGGGUAUGGAAGCUGCGAAACGUUGGUUUGGAAAGCUCCACCCCAAAGAGAAGUCCAAGGCUUCAAGCAAGAAGAAUGAGCCUAAACCUAAUGGGAAGGAAAGUUCAAAAGUACCAUUGAAUGAGGAAACUCCUUCAAAUGCCACUAAGCAGAAGGUAGAAGCUGCCAAGCAGUAUAUAGAAAAGCAUUACAAGGAUCAGAUGAAGAGUAUGCAGGAAAGGAGGGAGCGGCGUAACAUGCUAGAGAAAAAACUGGCUGAUUCUGAGGUGUCUCAGGAAGAGCAGAACAAUAUUCUCAAGUACCUAGAGAGAAAAGAAAGAGAAUAUAUGCGACUACAGAGGCGGAAAAUGGGUGCUGAUGACUUUGAGCCUCUAACCAUGAUUGGAAAGGGUGCCUUUGGAGAGGUUAGAAUCUGUCGCGAGAAGUCAACUGGCCAUGUUUACGCAAUGAAAAAACUUAAGAAAUCAGAAAUGCUUCGUCGAGGCCAGGUUGAGCACGUAAAAGCUGAAAGGAAUUUACUAGCAGAAGUCGACAGCAACUGCAUUGUCAAGCUUUACUGUUCUUUCCAAGACGAAGAGUAUUUAUACCUAAUAAUGGAAUAUCUUCCUGGGGGAGAUAUGAUGACUCUACUGAUGCGUAAAGAUAUAUUAACAGAAGACGAAGCCAGGGAUAUCAAGCCUGAUAACUUGCUCCUUGAUAGAAAUGGACACAUGAAGCUGUCCGAUUUCGGAUUAUGCAAACCAUUGGAUUGCAGUAAUAUUCAAGAAAAGGAUUUCUCUGUAGGGAAUAACUAUAGUGGGGCCCUUCAAAGUGACGGGCGGCCUGCAGCACGAAAACGCACUCAGCAAGAGCAACUUCAGCACUGGCAGCGUAAUAGGCGAAUGCUCGCCUACUCAACUGUUGGUACACCCGAUUAUAUUGCUCCGGAAGUGUUACUGAAGAAAGGAUAUGGAAUGGAAUGUGAUUGGUGGUCUCUUGGAGCUAUCAUGUAUGAGAUGCUUGUGGGUUAUCCACCAUUCUAUUCCGAUGAGCCAAUGUCUACAUGUAGGAAGAUAGUAAACUGGAGAACAUAUUUGAAAUUUCCAGAAGAGGCAAAGCUAUCAGUGGAAGCUAAGGAUCUUAUCUGUAAACUCUUGUGUAAUGUAGAUCAAAGGCUUGGCACUAGAGGUGCUCACGAAAUUAAGGCUCAUCCAUGGUUCCAAGGCAUGGAUUGGAACAAAUUAUAUCAAAUGAAAGCUGCUUUCAUUCCAGAAGUUAAUGAUGAACUAGAUACUCAAAACUUUGAAAAGUUCGAAGAGUCUGACAGUCAAAUCCAAUCAGCUACAAAAUCCGGCCCCUGGAGGAAGGUGGGGGAAAUACUACUUAUCCAUGUUUUUAUCUAUUUUUGCUGUCUGAAAUGGAACACUUUCUUCUAUUCAUAUGGAAUCUUGCUCUGUAAAAUUAGUGGUUAUAAAUUUUAUCUGCAUCUUGGUUAUCCCGAACAAAGUAGUUUAGCAUUAGUGUUAGUAGAUAGAAACCAGAAGUUGAACCAGAUGCUUUCGUCUAAGGAUGUCAAUUUUAUGGGUUACACCUACAAGAAUUUUGAAAUUGUUAAUGAUCACGAUGUUCCGGGAAUAAGUGACGAGUCAAACUCAUCAUCCACUCAACAGUCGCAAGGUAGUUUCCUUAAUAUGCUACCCACAAUAUCAGAUACCUCAACGAAAGGCGAAUACUGA